CCACCAUCAUCCGUCGCCAUUUUUGCUCAAGGCUCGCGCGACCCUCCGCGGACGCCCCUCGCCCGCCGACCGCGCAGCCGUUGUGCUGGCAGCCUCGCCUCUGAGGCCGGACACGGCGUUCUUGGCCAAGCUCCUCGUUCUCAAGGUCGUGCACGUGCGGCUGCAUUGACCUCGAUGUCGGCGUUGGGCGUUGUCCCCUUCUGGUCGACCUCUUGAUGCGGUUCGGUGACAUUUCCUGCACCUCGCAAUGAUCGUGCACCUUCAAUUCAUGCACAUGCUGGUGUCUACUUCGGCGUGUGCCUCGCCUGCAUUGCGUCCCGUGAGUUCUUCCGCAUGCACGCCUCCAGCGACGCGAUCCUCCACCACGGCUUUUGCGAUCUCAAUCUACGAGGCCCUGGGCUUCUCGUUCCUUGAAGUAGUCGUGUCGGACCUCCUGGCUGACAUUACGCACGAAAUCAGUGUCGACCUUUUCGACAACGACAAGGACAACGACAAGUACAAGGACAAUGGCUACGACAAAGACAAGCACAAGGACAAGCACACGGACACGAACAAGGACGACGACAAGCGCAAGCGCAAGGACGAGCACGUCCACCACCAGAGCAACGACAAGCACAAGGACAACGACAAGCACAAGGACAAUGACAACGCCAACGACAAGCACACGGACAAGCACAAGGACACGAACAAUAAUAAUGGCAAGCACAACAUCAAGGACAAUUACGCGAACAAGCGCAAGGACAAUCACCAGGACCCGAACAAGGACAAGGACAAGCACAAGUGCAAGGACGAGCAUGCAUCAAGAAGGGCAAGCACGAGGACAUAAUUUGGGACUGCACGGGCUUCUUCGUCAACUGCAAGCGCACGGAAACCAAGAACGGGCUCAAAGAAAGGCACGGGAACCUACAGUUGGACUCCGAGUACGUGCGCGAGGACGACGACAAGUUCGACGUCAAGUGUUUGGACAAAUUCAAAGGCAACGACGACCAAGUCGGCUGGGAUGUCGCGGAUUACUUCGUGAAUGGCCGCCUGGUGCCGCCAUCAACUACGUCACAGUCUACAUCUGCUACAUUCAGCUCUGAGCUGGCGCCUGGCUCGCAAGCCUAUCGUCCGCGUGCCUCUCGGUGUUCCCGGAAAACCGGCCCAUCUUGUCUGAAAUGGGUCGUUAUUUUCCUGGUGGGGCAUUUAAGCGCGCAAGGCAGCAGUCGCUCCCCCGAGCCGCUACGAAUAUCAA